AUGAUGGGAGAAGGUGAUGACGUGCUGGAGCACAUCAACAAGCUCAAGACCCUGGCGGAGCAACUCGACGCGGUUGGUUCUCCGGUCAGCGAAGACGACUUGGUCAUCACUCUUUUGUCCAGUCUCAGCGAGUCCUAUCAGUUCCUGAUAACGGUGCUGGAGUCAAGAUCCGACUCGCUGAUAUGGGAUUUAGUGACGUCUCGGCUGUUGCAUGAAGACAUGAAGCGCAAGGAGCAAGGUGGCGGAGUCGAUGGAUUCGUGCAUGGGCAAGCUCAAGCGUUCAUGUCAAGAGACAACAAGCGAAACGGACGACCAGGUAAGAAGACUGGUGCGUGCCACAAGUGUGGGAAACAAGGACAAUGGAUCGCGGAGUGCCCCUCGCGGAUCCAAGAAGACGCGGAACAACGUCGAUUCCAGCGUGCGAACGUGGCGCAAGAUUAA